UUUUUUCUGUGUAAUCAUGCACCCUAUAAUCACCUUAUAAAAUGUGCUCACAAAGUGAAAAUUUUCUUCACUUGUCAUUCUCAAUUGUGCAGAAGUAAAGCAAAGAUGAAAGUUUGUUUGUGGAUUCUUGUGGCGAUUUGCUGCCUAGCUACCGUAUCUUCGAAGCAUCAAAAAGCUAAUGAGAAUGUAAUUGAUGAUGAAGAUGUCUUAGAUGUCAAUGAAGAGAAUUUAAUUGACGACACAAACAUUGAGGAUAAAAAAUGUGGUAAUCAAUGUGAAAAUUCAAUGGUCCAAAAUAACGAUAAUCAGGUAGAGGAUAUAGAAGAGGAAGAAGAUAAUGUCGAAAUUCAGACAACGGAUAAUGAGACUAAGGAGCAGAUGAUAAGUAAUAAUGAAGAAACACAAUCUGCCGAAAGCUACAACGUGAAAGAUGAAAAAAGUUGUCGAGUUAAGAAAAAUAGUGAAAAACUUUCAAAAGUUAUUAGAAAAACACGAUCAACGAAUGAAAAAAGCCAAAAGGUGAAUGAAAAUGUUCAGAAUAAAGGCGAAAAGUUACAGAAAGCAGAGAUGAAAGUUCAGUCAAUCACGAAACAAGAUAAAGUUAAAAAAGAAUUUCGUAAUGCAGCACCAGAAAGCUUCAAACAAAUAAGUAAAAAGGCAAAUGGUGGAAAAUACCGAGAUCAGAAGCAACCUGAGAAGAAUGUUAAAGGAAAGCAGCAAGGCAAAGGAAGUUCUAAGAAAAAUAAAAAGAACGAAAAAAGUUCUCAAAAGAAGUCACAAAAGAAUAAAAAGAAAUCAAACAAAAACGAAUUUUAGGGAGAGGAAAGACAAUUUAUUGUGAAGCUAUAAUGUAGUCACUUAACUUAGAACACUGAAAUAUAAAUAAAUAAUUAAUGAAGUAGAGAAA